AUGUCCUUCUCGCGUCCGAUGUCUAUCGCCUCAUCCGACGCCACCAUUACCGGGUCUGGAUCUGAUUCUGACUCCGUCGACGAAAGUUCGUCAAUCGAUUACGGAUCCGUCGCAAAUUAUUCGCCAGUCGACUACGACACUGUCGACAAGCGUUCCUCGGCCUUUCCAGCCGAUUACUCCAACUUCAGUCCAGCUUUCACUCGCGACUCCUUUUCGCUUGAAGAGCUUCAUGAUUUUAGAAUACUCGUCACGGACGAGCUUAUUCGUUUUGCCAGGAGCGUAAGCGACUCCAACGAAACGGAUCGAAUACAAAGGUUGAGACUGUACAGUCGCGUCGAGGACUUGUUUUCAACCGUGAGUUAA